AUGUCAUCUUAUAACUUUCAAAAAGAUAUUCCAUCUAAAGAUGAAUGGCAAGAGAAUAAAAAUGAUAAUAAUUGUAUAGAUAAAUACUUCAUGCUUAAUGUCAGCAAAGAUGCCACUAGUGGUAGUGGUGUUGGUGAUGAUUUGGAUGUUCAUUCUAUUCCUUUUAAUGGUGAUUCAAUUGAUGAAGAAUUAGAAGAGAAUGAAAAUGAAGAGUUACGAGAGAAUGAAGAGGAAUAUGGAAAUGAGGAUGAAUAUGACUAUGUUUAUAUGGGAUUUGAUUACUCUUUGAAUGUUUAG